AUGCCGCGAUACUACUGUGACUAUUGUGAUACCUACCUUACGCAUGAUUCACAAGCAGGUCGAAAACAGCAUAAUCGUGGCUGGAAACACCGUGAGAAUGUUAAACUCUAUUACGAGCAAUUCUUGGCUGGCCAGGGCGUAGUGAUGACGCCUGGGGAAUGGUUACGUGGACCAGCAUUGGCUGGUUCAUUGCCACCUCGACCUACUGGACCCGUCAAUGGCGGAAUGCCUGGUGGAUACCCACCACGUGGUGGCCCUCCACGGGGCAUGAUACCUCCUACAGGAAUGCGGCCACCGAUGUUUCGAGGACCGCCGCAUGGACCACCGCUAAUGGGAAGUAUGGGCAUGAGUGGACCAACUGGACCAGGUAUAGUCGGUGGACCUCCGCCACGAUCAAUCUACGGACCGUAG